UUGUUCAUUUGUUUGCCUACUCGUGGCAAUGCUUCGUUUCUGUCAUGUUGUUACUUUAAACGAACAAUUAUGGAUUUAUGAGUAAAUUUGUUGCAUAUUCUGUCAUUUUCCCUGCUAUUAUAACCUCUCUAUUCCCUUGGAACAAUGAACCUCRCCACUGUUUGCUGCAGGGAUUGCUGUCCAUCCUUCGUAAGCUAAAAAGCACUCCAGACCAGGAGGUUCGGAUACUGCUGCUGGGUCUCGACAACGGGGGGAAGACCACGCUUCUCAAACAGCUGGCUUCAGAGGACAUCAGCCACAUCACCCCCACACAGGGAUUCAACAUUAAGAGCGUACAGUCUCAGGGGUUUAAGCUGAACGUUUGGGACAUCGGAGGCCAGCGAAAGAUCAGGCCGUACUGGAGGAACUACUUUGAAAACACCGAUGUGCUGAUUUACGUCAUUGACAGUGCUGACAGAAAGAGGUUUGAGGAAACAGGGCAGGAGCUGGCGGAGCUGCUGGACGAGGAGAAGCUGAGCGGCGUUCCUGUGCUGAUCUUUGCAAACAAGCAGGACCUGCUGACGGCGGCUCCGGCCUCGGAGAUCGCAGAGGGACUCAACCUGCACACCAUCCGCGACCGGAUGUGGCAGAUCCAGUCCUGCUCCGCUCUCACCGGAGAGGGGAUUCAGGUGAGCAGGAAGCCCAGCUACGUAUAA